AUGCCCGGCGGCCCCCUUUUGCAAAAAUCUCUGCCUUCUCCGAACCCUUGCUGGGCUCUAUUCAGGAUCAUUGAUACGAUGGACAAAUACGUGAGCGCAAUUCAGGUACAUUCUUCCACAGCCCCCUCUAGACCCAGACUCGGGACUGACUUUACUGAUGUGUUCCCAGAUCGAGCUGGCUACUCGGGCCGCCUGCAGGGUCGUUCUCGGAAGCGGGAUGCUGUCGCUGGCGAUGCACCUGGCGGCUCGAUAUCCAUCGUACUUGCGAUUGAUCCUUACGUUUGCUCUCAUCAGCGGCGCGCUGGUCUCAUGCCUACUAUCAUCGAGACCAUAUCGGUUCUCAAGACUCAUCCACUUCUGCCUCAUGCUCUGUAUUUAGUACACAGUGUGUCUAUUGGCAACAGUUCUUGCCAGCGUUUCAAGCAUGCCCUUGGCCGCGCUUUCUGGUGCCGAGACCCUCUCAUGGGUAAUUCUCGAAACCUACUUAUGCCAACGCGACCACAUGAGUUGAUGAACCUUUCAAGUCUGUUGCGGCGUCUCGAAGGCCAUACGGGCUUUGGUUUCGAGAUCCGAAUUCCAACUCGUAUCCUCGUCGCCAAAAAGCACGGCAUUGGAGUAGCACUAGUAUGCCGACAGACCUAUGGACAUGCUAGUCCAAGCAUAUGUGAGGAGUAA